GUGUGUGUGGAGAGAUUAGCUGGAGGCUCCUCACCGCGGAAUGUCGCUUUUAAAUCUGUCACUUUUAAUGUAAUAAAUGUUUUAUAAAUCGCUGACAGCUGCUUCGUUUAUCUGCUUUUAACUUGUUAAUUUAGUAACCUGGACGUUUAGAGGUGUAGUUUUGUCUGAACAGUGUGCGUGUCCGGCAUCAUGAUGGACUCAUGCUUCAACGAUAAGGUGGCCAGGGCCGAAACCAUCGUGGUAGAAGAUCUGAGGAGGGAUCUCAACUUCGACCUGACGGAGUUUGCUGAUUCUCAGGACUCGAGCGGGUUGGACCGAGAGUUUUUGCAGGUGUAUCUCAGGAUACGACCGUUUUCAGCGGCUGAAAUUGAAAAUAAUGAAUCACAGGACUGUGUUACCAUCCAGCCUCCUGAUACGGUUCUCCUCAAAGCUCCCAGAUCUUCUCUCUCAGCCAGAGCCAGUGAUAAACCUGUUCCUCAGACUGCUCAGCGCUUCAGCUUCUCUCAGGUGUUUGGACCGGACACCUCACAGAAGGACCUGUUCGACGGCACGGUGAGGAACCUGGUGAUGAACGUGCUGGAGGGACGAAAUUCCCUCGUCUUCACGUACGGAGUCACGAACGCUGGGAAGACCUUCACAUUUUUAGGACCGGAGCACGACGUGGGCGUUCUACCUCGCUCACUAAACAUGAUCUUCAGCAGCCUGGAGGGUCGGAUCUUCACUCAGAUGAGCGUGAAACCUCUGAGAUGCCAUGAGGUCCUGAAGCUCACCAAGCAGCAGCAGGUGGAGGAGAACCUCAGCAAACGCCAGCUCCUCCGACUCCUCAAAGAGAGCGAUUCUCAGAAAAGCAGCUUCUCCAGCCUGUCCAGUUCCAGAUCUGAAGGUUCGGAUCUGGCCGAUAUGGAAACGUGGUCCGGUAAGAGGAGCUUCAGUCUGGACCUGGAUCCUCACACCCAGUUCUCCAUCUGGGUUUCGUUCUGUGAGAUCUAUAACGAGAACAUCCACGAUUUACUGGAGCAGUCGAACAGCACGGCGGUACGGCGAGCAAACCUGCGCCUGUGUCAGGACAUCAAAGGAAACUCCUUCAUCAAAGAUCUGCGCUGGGUGCAGGUGAACAGUGCUGACGAGGCCUUUAAGGUCAUGAAACUGGGUAAAAAGAACCAGAGCAUUUCAUCCACCAAACUGAACCAGCUCUCCAGCAGGAGCCACAGUAUCUUUUCGGUGAGGAUGUUACGGAUCGAUGACGUGGAGACGCUCAGAGUGCGCUCCGUCAGCGAGUUGUCUCUGUGUGACCUGGCCGGGUCGGAGCGCUGCGGUAAAACUCAGAAUAAAGGAGAACGACUGAAGGAAGCAGGAAACAUCAACACGUCUCUGCUCAGCCUGGGGAAGUGCAUCAACGCUCUCAAGGGAAACCAGCAGGCCAGGCACCACGUGCCGUUCAGAGAGAGUAAGCUCACUCACUACCUGCAGGGUUUCUUCACCGGCCGCGGAAAAGCCGCCAUGAUCGUGAACAUCAAUCAGUGCGCCUCCAUGUACGACGAGACCCUCAACGUCCUCAAGUUCUCCGCCGUGGCACAGAAGGUGGUGGUCCUCAGCACCCCCGCCGUGCUCCCGUUGGUGGUGAAGAGGAGCGCCAGGGAGGUGUCGUUCAUCAUCAACAGGGCCACCGGGCGCGGGUCGAGGCGCACCUCCCUGCUGAAAUGGGAGCAGAGUCUGGAGGACGUGCAGGAGGACGAGCUUCUCUCCGAGGACGAGGAGGAGGAGGAGCAGAGCGUGCUGGAGGAGACGCUGCAGGAGGACGAGGACGACGAGGGGAAGGAGACCGUACUGCUGGAUAAAGACGCCUACCAGAAUCAGCUGUUGUUUAUAGAAGAGCUAAAGGAAGAGCUGAGAACAGCUCGGGCGGAGGCUGCUGCAGUAGAGGAGAGGAUCAGAGAGGAAGUGACCAAAGAGUUCAGUCAGCUCUUCUCCCAGAUGCAGGCGGAUUACAGCGAGCGCGUUAGCAAGGAGCGAGAGCUGGCGGAGCAGCGCUGCGAGCGGCGCCUGGAGAUCUUCAAAGCCUUAGUGGAGAAAACCUCCCAACCUCAGUGUGAAGAAGAAGAAGAACCUGCCAAACUUCAGGAGAAUGAGCGCCCCUCUCUGGACGGGAUGAUCGACUCCAUGUGCGGCGACCUGGCCGGGAUCAGGAAGGACGCGGAAGCGGCGCAGUCGUGCCUGGUGACCCUCGACCCCCCGACCCUGCGGCUCCUGGAGAAGAAGGUGGCGGAUCUGACCGAGCAGCUCGGCGAGACGCGGAAACUGCUGGACGACAAAACGCAGGAGCUGAACGUUCAGAGCAGUUUGGGGAAGGACCUGGAGGAAAUGAAAGUGACUCUGCAGGGCCGUGAACAGAGGGUGGAGGAUCUGAUGAUGAUGUGUGUGGAGAAGGACGAGAUGAUCACUAAAGUCCAGGCUGCUCUGGAUCGAUCUGUGGAGGACAACAGCAGAAACAGCGCUCUGAUCAAGAACCUGCUCCAGCUCAAGGACAACUGCACGUGCUCAGAACGCCGAACCAGACCCGAAACGCGCAAACGCAGACAGGAAGGGGCGGAGCCUCACGCCGACGAACUCCACGGACAGCCGCCGUCAAAGAAAGAGACUCUGGAGGACUCCGCUAUCCCAGAAGACACUGCGCAUGCUGAUGACUCACCUGUGCUGGAGGUCAAAGAAAUCCUGGGCCGUGAUCUCGAGAGCUAUCGUGCUGAGCUGCGCCGUAAAGACGAGCAGAUCGCCGAUCUCCAGCGGGAACGCCAGACUCUGGAGUUCUGCAUCCGAGAGCUGAGAUCCCGGCUGGAGCGGUGGGAGCCACCCUGCUCUGAGACUCUGAGAGAAAUGGAGCAGAUGAUCUGUGAGGAACAGGAGCAGCAGUUCCAGUCCAUCAUGUCACGCCUGAACAUCAUGGAGAACAAGCUCGGCACCGCCAGGAUGAACGCCGGCCUCUUAAAAACAUCUCUCCAGAGCAGACCUACCAGAGAUCCAGGAGCGGAGGAGAUAAAAACCCUACGACGAGAGCUGGAGGAGAACGAACACACUCGCGAUGCUCUCCAAGCUGAGGUCGUGAUCCUGAAGGGCGUCAUCAAAGAUCUGGAGAGUAGGAACGCUCAGGAGAACCCCGAACACCCAUCAGAAGCUAGAACGUCUAGUACGGAAACCCUGCUGGCGCACAGAGAGGCGGAGCUCGCUCAGAAGGAGGCGGAGCUCGAAGCUCUCCAGGAGGAGGCUCAGGAGGCGAGGAAGCGCGAGGUGGAGCGGAGACGAGAGCUGCUGGCCGUGGCCGAAGAGGCCAUCGCUCAGAAGGACGCCGAGCUGGAAGAACGCCAAGCCGAAAUCGACAGGAUGAAGGAGGAGGUGAGGAGAAACACCGAGAAGAUGAAGAGUUUAUCGGUGGACGCGCAGAGGAGAGAGGACGAGUCGGACGACCUGAGGGAGAAGCUCGCCGACUCCAAAAAACAGAUCCAGCAGGUUCAGAGAGAGAUCUCCUCCAUGCGUGAUGAGGAGAAAGCUCUGAAGCAGAAGCUGGCCGACCUGGAGAAGAUCAAAUCUCAGCUCCAGAACGACCUGCAUAACCGAGAUCGGAUCAUCCAGCAGCUGAAGAGUCGGCGUUUAUCCGAGUCUAAACCACAGAACCACACCCAGCUGUAUGAAAAAGCUCUUAAAGAUCUACAGCAGCGUGAGUGUAUGAUGGAGGAGAUGAAGCUGGUCCUGAGUGAACAGGAGGAGACUCAGACUCAGAUGGACGUGGAGCUGGAGAGCAGAGAAGCUCAGAUCCAGCAGCUCACCCAGGAGCUGGAGAACCUGAAGGAGCUGCUUCGAAGGCAGAAGACCAAUCACGGCUCACUGCAUCAUCCUGACCCCGCCCGAACUGAUGCCCGAGAGGAAGCCGCACGGGCGCAGGAGGAACUGCAGGGGGUGAGUGUGAAGCACCGGGCCGAGCGCAGGAAGUGGCUGGACGAGAAGCUGCUCCUGAUCUCCCAGGUGAAGGAGGCGGAGGAGAGAAGGAACCAGGACAUGAGGCGCUACGCUGAGGACCGAGAGAGACACGCCCGCCAGCUCGCAGAAACUGAGUCGCUGAAGGAGCGUCUGGUGGAGCGUGAGCAGGAGAUGGAGAGAUGGAGGAGGGAGAGAGACGCUCUGGUCUCAGCUCUGGAGUUCCAGCUGAAGAAACUCGUCUCCACCAUCGCCGAGAAAGACCAACAGAUCAAAGCGCUGACGUGCAGUAACACUAAACAGCCACCAGAGGUGGUGGAUGGAGGACUGAAGGACCUGCAGGAUCUGUUGAAGGAGAGAGACGAGGAGAUACAGCGACUGCAGCAGCAGCUCAGAGAGACCGCACCCACCCCCAAAAUCAGCCCCCCCACCACCCACUCAUACACACAGACGGCGUCGGUGGAGGAUUCAUUAGCCGAGCCGCCGCUGGACACCAGCACACUGAGACUGAAACACACUCGGACCCGAGCGUCCGUCACCAGCCAGGGCUCGUGUGGUAGCACUCCGUCGGUCCUGGACUCCUCCGUGAUCUCCACGGAAGCGGGUCGCUGUUCCCGGUUCCCCCGACCCGAACUGGAGAUCUCCUUCAGCUCCCUGCAGCCGGAACGGUUCCGCCUGAAACGACCCGGCCAGCACUCGGCCGUCACCGUCAACCUCACCCGCAAGAGGAAGAGCAGCGAGGUGGACCGGAAAAGAGGCAGCAGCAGAAAGAUCAAAGCCAGAUGCAGCGCUGCUCCUCAGGACGGGGUGGAGAACGAGAACAGGAGGAACACCAGGUGUAAGAAGACUCCUGCCCUCCCUGCACACCCGGAGGAGGAGAUGUCUCCAGCACUGGUGGUGAAAAGUUCCCACAGUUCCCAGUCCAGUCUGAAAGGGAAGAAGGAGGGAAAGUUCCCCAAGAUCGGAGAUCUCCUCAACAGCUCGCCCAACUUCCUGGGGAGCAAAGCCAAGAGGAUCAUGGGAUUGAUGAGCGGUAAAUCUCCAGACGAGGGCGGAUCGUCGCUCAAACGACCCAAACGAAAAAUCAAAAUCUCGUCUCCCAUGAACAUCUCGGCCAAUCAGUUCAUCAGUGGAGACGUGGUGGAGGAGAAAGAAAUCGAGCUGAACAUGAAGAGGCGCCUGCGCAGCAAAACUCAGAAGUAACCCGCAGAGACCCUGACCACGCCCUGCAGUCACUACACGUCUUAUCUUCUUCUGUGUGUUUUAUAAGUGUGUGUGUGAUUUUUAUUACUCUGUCUUUGUGGUGUGUGUGUGUGUGUGUGUGUGUCACGUUUGCACUUUUCCUGACGGCGCUCGUCGGUUGUGGCGGUGCCGUGAUGCUGUUCUGUGUUCUGUAUGAUGGUUCACACGCAUGAGGAAGGUUAAAGUUCACCUUUAUAUAUCACUAUUUUAUAUAUCUGCACUGUUUUUAAUCUGUAUUUAACAUGUAAAGCU